GGGGCGUAACCUGUCUACAUUGACGACAAACAGCCGCCAAAAUCAAACUUUUGUUAGCCGAGUGUCUUUUAUAAAGUCCUUCCAAAGGGCGUUCGUCCAACAAAAUUGAUAUAUUGAACCUCACCAAGGAUGGAAGCGCCAAAAGGUGUUUUAAGUCACCUGUGUACGCUGGAGGUGCGGGCGAGGAGCCGGAAUGCUCAACCCGCGCAGCGGAGUCGAGUGAAGGAGCUUCGGGCCCGAGUGGAGGCGCUGACCGCCCAGAGAGACCUGCUGAGGGCCGACCUCCGGACAUACAAGGACAUAGAGAAGCGCAGGAGGCGGCUGGACGAUGCGUGUGCAGGAGGAGAAGAAGAAGAAGGAAUGGACUCUGAGGAUGCUGAGAAGUCCCAACUCCUGCAGCUGAUGGCCAGACAGACGCAGCUGACGGCGCUCCUGCACGCUCAUCAAGUGAUCGGCGGCUACGACGUCGUCAGCACCCGCCAGGGCAAAGGCGUGUGCGUGACGCUGGCCACGGCCUUCGAGGGCACGUACCUGGACUCCUUCAAGCUGGAGAUGGACCUCAGGCCCACGCUGAGGAUCAGUCGCCACAACGUGCCCCCGUUCAUCUCCCUGAGCCAGCACGGCGACUCGCAGGCCGACGCCAGGGGCUUCCUGGACGCGCUCAGCACGCGUCUCAACGCCUUCGCCGGACGCAAGCAGCAGCUGAAGCUUGUGAAGGAGCUCCACAAGUCCGUCCGGGUGAUGGAGAGCAACCUGCUGUGUUCCAUCCUGGUGCUGAUGCUGACCCAGACCACCGCCAAGACCGCCGUGCUCUGCACCAUGGACUACUUGGACCAGCAACGAUGUCUUCCCACCAGCGUCCGCUUCCACUCUCAAGACGAGGAGCUCCCAGAUUGUCCCGAGUGGAAAAACAACUGCAGCCUCCUGAUGGAGACGCCGCUCCACCGAGCGUUGACCACCAUGAAGGACAUGGGUCACAUUGUUUGAGUCUCGCUAAUAAAAAAAAUAUUCUGCUUUCAAGCUAGAGAAGUUCCUCCAUGAAGACUUCCAGUUGGUUCUUGCGUUCCAGCUGGUGGAUGAAGUCCGUCACCUUCUUGUGUAAAGAUUCCCUCCGCGAGGUCUUCAGCCUUUCUCGCCGAUCCCUUGCUUCUCGUUGCCGUCUGGCCGCUUCUCUCUCCGAGAUGGCGUCGAUUUGGGCGAUGCUUUUCAUCUGCAGGAAGGACAAGGUCCUCUGGAUCUGACCCGGGGGGGCGGACACCGAGCGCUGCCGCCGGUCCUCAUCCCGCCGUCUUUCGUCCUCGGACGUGCCGACGCGCUGGACUAUUUCUUUCAUGGCCGCGUUCACGGUGGCUUUGGGCUGGCAGGCCUUCACCAUCGUCACCUUUCUGUGUUCGCUCGCCAGCAGGUGGCGCCGCUGGCGGAGCGUCCUGCACGUGCACCUGAACUCUUUCUCCAG